UUAUUCUUGUACAAGAGUUUGAAUCUUGGUAGAAUUACAUACAAAGAUACGAACGAAGUAAUUGCACUGUCGUGAGAGAUAGAGUUAGGGGUUGAGUUGUCGAAAGAAACCUGACGUGUCGCUCUCAUUGUAGCUAAUUGAUCGACUAAUUAAGAGCUGGUAGAAAAGAAAAAUCGCCGACUAUGCGGCCAUUGUAAAUUUUUCAAUGCUCUAAUCUUUUGAGAGAAGAUUACAGUAAUGUCAAAGAAAAGUAGUAGUAAAAUGUUAGUUCAUCAAUUAUCUACCGUUCUGCCAGAUGAUAGACCCAUCACUUCCAUUAGUAUUAUUGAGGAUAUAGAGAAAUGUCCACCAAAUUUUACAGUUGUAUCUAGAACGUAUGAUCAGGAUACCGAUGCCGAUUUAUGGAGAGAAACCGGAUUAUUUAUCAAGAAGAAAGGUAGAUACAUAUGCUUUUCAAAGACAGACGGCUUACCUCAUUGCAUUGUGGAAGAUAUCACUAUCAUCAAUGAACGAGAAAUGCCUCCAGAAGGAUAUAGCGUUAUUUCGCAUACCAUAGAUUCGAUGCAGAAGGCAUGGAGGAAAAAACAAUUAUGUUAUAAAAUUAAAAACAAGAAUUUGUGUUCUAAAGCUGUGACAGAUAUAAUUAUAUGUAGUAGAAUUGUACAUAAGGCAUCGAAGAUGGCACCAAAUGGUUUCGCUGCAGCUGGUAUAAUAAAUGGGGUAUGCGUUUGUUAUAAAACUGUGGAUAUAACAAUUGGACCACCAAAUUCUCAAUCAUAUAUUAACAUAGAUAAAUUUUUAAUGCAAAAUGCUUCUCCAAAUCCUUCCAACGGAACGCCUCACCGAGUACCACCCGAGAGGCCACCUAAACCGAAGUUUUCUCCCAAACCAAAUAAUGGUAUUUAUUUUCAAAUUGGGCCAGCCAGCAUUGGAAAGGAUACAGACGAAUCUAAUGAUAGGGAUUACGAAAUGUUAAGUCUUAGUGCGAGGUUGAGGCCUACGAGACCUGCACCUCAACCUCCUACUACUUCGAUUAUUGGUUCCAUUCCAGUUUAUGGUACACUGCCAGGUUCUUCCGAUUUAGAUGGAGUUCCAUUCAUUCUCAAUCCUCGUCUUAAUAAUCAUUCUGAUUCUGCCAGUUAUAUAUUUCCUACAAUCAAAAUUUGGACGCAGAAAGAUUUGGAUAAAGAGUUUUGCUACGAUUUUCGUGCGGAAAGAGAAACUUGAAAAUACUAAUAUGACAAAUUAUUUGUAUGAUAAAAUCAUGCAUUUCAUUUGUUGUCUAUUCAUCCGUACUGACUAUAUAGUACUAGCCGAGUGUAAUAGAGUGCCUGAAUGAGUGAUUUAUACUAAUUUCCAACCAAGGGAUAUCAGUUUAUGCAUUCUCUAUGGUAAGGUGUAUGAAUUAAACGCUACACACACUUUUCUCAAAUACAUCUUCUUCCAAUGCCCAUAUUUAGAUUUUGAUACCAGUGACAAUUAGUGUUGUAUUUUUAUAGAAUUGUGUUGUAUUUUUAUAGAUAUUAGAAAGUGUAUAUAUUUUAUAUAUAUAUAUAUAUAUAUAUAUAUACACAUACAUAUAUAUAUAUAUAUAUAUAUAAAUAACUGUAUCAUACGUUUUAAUUGUUUAGAGAAGUAUUAUAGAAUAUUUAAAGUUGUAUUCGGUAUAUUCCUAUGUCAUAAUCAAAUGUGAAAUUCAAUAAAAAUAAAUUCAUUUUUAAUUUUACAAA